UGUGACAAUAUUUUGAGGAAGUCAUCGAAAGUUAUCGAUCUAUUGUCAGUCUGUUUAAUCAAUAUUUUAAAAUGUCUCGCAUCACGCAGCCUGAUAUUCAAAUUAGCUUGCGAUAUGGAUUAAAAUUUCCAUUUUGUGUGACCUCCGCUCAGACAUCGCGGAUUGAGUAUGAACCAAUUUAUGAAUUUUGUUUUAGUGAAUCUCGUGGUCUAAUACUUGUAAGUAGUGAUGAAUCAGUCCCAAAAUCUCAAGAAGGAUGAGCGGAAAAAAGAAGGCGCGCAAACCAAGCAGGUUCCGAAAAAGAGUCCGGAGAAAAAUAUGUCGGAGAUAGAUGAGCAUAUUUUAAAGAGGUUUGAAAUUAAAAAGAGGUUGGGCAAAGGUGCCUAUGGUAUUGUGUGGAAGGCUGUGGACAAGAAGACUAAGGAUGUGGUGGCUAUAAAGAAGAUUUUCGACGCGUUUAGGAACCAGACGGACGCGCAGAGGACUUUUAGAGAGAUCAUCUUUCUUCAAUCUUUUCGGAACCAUCCGAAUAUCGUGAAGCUACAUAGUAUACACCGGGCUGUCAACAACAGGGACAUCUACCUCGGCUUCGAAUACAUGGAGACGGAUCUACACAACGUGAUCAAGCGCGGGAAUAUUCUAAAGGACGUGCACAAGCGGUACAUCAUGUACCAAAUGCUGAAGGCGACGAAGUACAUCCAUUCGGGGAACGUCAUCCAUCGCGACCAGAAGCCUUCCAACGUGCUCAUCGACAGCGCAUGCAGAGUGAAGCUUGCAGACUUCGGUCUCGCCCGAUCAGUAUCCAGCAUGUAUUCCGGCGGGGAAGAAGGAGCGGACCCUUGCCUAACGGACUACGUGGCAACUCGCUGGUACCGCGCGCCCGAGAUACUCAUCGCUAGCAAGAACUACACCAAGGGCAUAGACAUGUGGUCGCUGGGAUGCAUCCUCGGCGAGAUGCUGACGGGCAAGCCGUUGUUCCCGGGGACCUCCACCGUCAACCAGGUCGAGAGGAUCAUGGCUGCGCUGCCCAAACCCUCUGCAGAAGAUGUAAAAGGCGACAAAGUAAAGGAAAAAAUUAUAAUAAUGUAA